UCAGGGCGGGGCUACCAAACAGGUGUCCACUCGGCAGGAGUGAGAGAAAGAACUAGCUUUACGCUGUUGAAAGAAGCACGAGCCGCUGUUUUUGCCCCAUGCGGCGGUGGUGUGCGUCAUGGUGCCGAGGUGCAUCGGGGGCUGCGUGCCCUUAUUCGUGCUUGGCGUGGUUUUUGACGUGGUCGGCUUGAUUGUGCUGCUCGUCGGUGCUCUCGCCAACCUGCGCCUGGACGGCCGCUUUUACGGCGACUUUCUCGUCUACACGGGCUCCAUCGUGGUGUUCCUGAGCCUCAUGUGGUGGGUGUUGUGGUACACAGGAAACGCAACGAUCCCCUCGGACGAGCUGGAGAAAACCCCGCUGGACAACUUGGCGCUGUGGGCGCGCAGAUUGUCCACCAGCAUUGCGCACACCGGAGCCAAAUCCAUGGAGGUUGGAGAGAAGAACAAGAGCGUCGAUGCCCAAGAAUUGAUGAAUGGGUCCAUGCCUGUGUACAUUAACAUUCCCACUAGGACGGCGUGGCAGAUCUCGGGCAUGGAGGGCUACGACAACGCAGCUUUUGAAAGAAGUGUUGACAUGCCUCCAACAAGUCAGAAAACAGUACAGCUGGAUAUUCUGGGGAACGGACGAAUAGAGAGACUUCUCUGAUCAACAAUAAAACAUUCUCUUUUUUUUCCUCUUAGUUUUCCAGGUUCCCUUUGAGCUUCUCUGGUGGAGUUUUAUAAUCUUGUUCUGCAGGUUGUUCUCCUUCAGAUAGUAUCAGAUGUUCGGAUCCAGGUGGAUCUGACCUGCUUCAGCCUUUUCUGUACACUUCAGCACUACAUAUGAUCUGAUCCACAAGGGUGCCUUCUGUUUACUCAGCACUUUUAUAGUUGUGUGCACAUACUUCAGAAUGAUUUCUGGAUCUUAUUCGUUCAUCUAUGGACUUGAACUUGAAUGUGCUGAAGUUUUGAGCUCAAGCGUUUUCUGGCCGUAUCAUGUUUAUGGCCAUCAUAUCAUUGUCAAAAGGGUACUCAUCUUAUUUGUUUCAUGGAAAGUUAUAAAUGCACUGGUACACUGUAAAACCGGAUAGUUAAUUUAACUCAAAAACUUUGAGGAAAGUAAUUACCUCAAAAUUUUUACGUUGAUAAAUCAAUUUCUUUAAGUCAAAUACACUUAAAUAUAACAUAAAUUGAACUCAAACUUUGUAAUGUAAAAUAAAUUGUUAUAUUUAAGUGUGUUUGGCUUAAAGAAAUUGAUUUAUCAACUUUAAAAAUUUUGAGGUAAUUAGUUUCCUCACAUUUUUUGAGUUAAAUGAACUAUCCGGUUUUACAGAGUGCUAGGGAAGUGACAUGGUGAAUAAAGUUAGAGGUUUAGCUUGUCAUGAUGUCUUUAAGACAUAAGAUUUACUACACUUCCUUCACAAUGUUUUGGAUUACCUUUAAUGAUCCCCAAAAAAAGGAUACUAAACUGUUCCUUUCUUGUCACUGGGGUGGACUCCUCUAAGCAUACACAUUACGCACCUUUAGUAUGUAUCUUUUGCCUAGAAAGGUACAUACAGUAUACCGUACCUUUUAAAGCAUUACUCUAAUGGUCCAAUUAUGUACCUUAAAUGUUUGUUAAAUCUACAUGAACGAUAUACACAAAAUAUUUCCCCUAUGUGUUUUAUUAACCAGUAGGUUAUGUAUUACUUGCAUUUGUUUCAAGUGUAAUAAAUGGAAUGCAGUUUUAUGGAUGGGGGUGGGGGAUCUAUUAUGGCAUGAGUGGCUUGUGCCAGUUUGAUUUUCUAUCACCCUACAUUUAUUUCAGAUCAAGUAAUAAGUUAAUUUUUAAUGAGAGUUAAUGAGCGAUGAAGUUGUUGUUUAUUGUGGUAAUAUAGUUCAGUAUGACUCAGCAAAAAUUCCUGAGAAUCAACUCUGAUGUUCUAUUAAUUGUAUUUUGCAGGUGUCUUUUGGAAGCUCAACACAAAAAUCAACUGCUUUUAUUCAGGGAACAAUGUUUUAAUAUUGCACAAUGCUCGACAGAUUUUUAUAUGUAUUUGUAUGUACUUUAAACAGAUGUAUUUUGUUUAUAUGGCUGAAUAUUUGUUUAUGUGAAUAUAUCUUCAGGAAUUAAAUA